CUCUUCGCAUGCGCGCGCGACUUUGGUGAUUCGUGACAUUGCUGGAUGCGCCCGCAAACGGCAUAAAGCGAAUAAAGGUAAUAAUACGAACGGUACGCAGUGUGCGGCAUAAACGAGCCAGCGGUUAAGUAGGUUAGGGAAAGUUUACGUUUCACGAAGACGCGCCGACGAGGAUUAGUACAACUUUGGCAACUGUACUGGCCACAAGGAGCGUUCGCAAACACGCGCACCAAAAAUUUACUCGAAAAACUCAACUUUUUUUAAAACAUCCGGGACAUUUUCAGUUGAAACUCUCAAGUUUCGCAUCAUUAUAAAAAUUUAAUUGUUGUGAUUUAGACUAUAUAUUACUGAAAAAAUGGGUCUUGGUGGACACGAUGAUACCGUCGCUGAGUACGUCUGCCAAUUGCCGGAGCAGGCGAGAAAGUUAGCCUUAGAUGAAUUGCGUGAGGACGACUCAUCUCGCGAGCAAUCGCUCGUACAGUUUCGUGAAUGGAUCAACAAACAUCCCAAUAUUAAAAAGUGCAGAACUGAUGCACCAUUUUUGUUGCGUUUCCUUCGCACGAAAAAAUUCAGCGUUCCGCAAGCAUGCGAAAUGUUGGAGCGUUAUCUGAUCAUCCGCCAAUUGUACCCACAAUGGUUCCAAAAAUUGGACCCCAACGACAAGGACCUCGCCGAAAUCAUCGACAACGGCUACCUGGUCCCGUUACCAGAGCGCCUCGACGGAAAAAUGGUGCUCUUUAGCAACGCCGGCAAGUUUGACCCGCAUAAGUACACUGCUGCCCACAUGGUACGCGUGCACAGCCUCAUCACCGAGGCCCUGAUGGACGACGAUCUGAACCAGGUCAACGGCUACACCUAUGUUAACGACGAGGCCGGCUUCAGCAUGUCUCACAUCUCGCUGUGGUCGCUCACAGACAUCAGAAACAUUCUGCGUUGCAUUCAAAAUUCUACGCCCAUGCGUCACAAGAACAACCACUUCUUGAAUAUUUCAUCAAAUGCUGUUAAACUUAUCGAGUUUGCUGUUUCUCUAUUGAGUGAGAAACUCAAGUCAAGAAUUCAAAUUCAUAAAUCUUUGGAGGACCUCCAUAAAAAUAUCGACACAAAAAUCCUUCCGAAGGAAUACGGAGGUGAGGUGCCUCUCAGCGAGAUGAUUAGCAAGUUGAAGGCAACGCUGGCUGCCAAACGUGAACAACUUUUGGCCUUGGACGAGAUGUACAUCGAGAUUGAUGAGAAAUCCUGCCCGCUUGUGUCUGAAAUGAACGAGGAGCUCGGCAUGGGCUUGGAGGGCAGCUUCAAGAAACUGCAAGUCGAUUGAGACCUUCUAUUUCGCAACUAUCUAGUCUAAAUCCGAAUGAGAAAUGAGAAAAGAAAAAUUCCUAUCUUAAAAAAAUAUAAAACAGACGCACGAAAUUUCGAAAAUUCUAGGAUAGUUACACUAGUUAAUUGUUAGUGAUAUACGUUACUAUUUUGUUUACUGCAUGAGAUUUUAGUUCGUUGCACAGCACUGUUGUUAAAGCUCUAAUUUAUGUACGUCGUUAUAGCUAGGGUAGCACUAUAUAAUUCAUUGCUUACGUUUAAAAUUUAUAUCUCUUUUACACUUAAAAUUAUAUUACUUAAACCUAUACACGUUAAGUACUCAUCGUCAUAAUGUUCUUGUGACGAUGAUCCAGAAGGUGGAACAAUGUUACCAAUUUGUUUUUGUCUAGUUAAAGAGUGGUUUGUUUAAAGAAGAAGAGAAAAAUCGAUAGGAAAGUAAAAAAAGCACGCGUUAUUAAUAGUAUUCUGUGUUUUAUAAGCUUUUUUCUUUAAUAUCUAUACCUUUAGGCGUUUUAAUUAGUUUUGUAAUUUCUUGUUGAUGUUUCUGCUUUAAAAUAAAAAUGAUUCAAAAUAAGAAA